CCAGAAUUCACAACCAUUGGUCAGGGGCACAUACUACUGGCUCGGCGUCCUCAGUCACUUCGUGCCAUUUCACCAAGUAGGAGCCAAAGGAAAGCUUGAAAAAUGAAAAUGUUAGCAAGACUCAUUCUGGGACUUGUCAUCUUUGAUGCUGCUGUGACUGCUCCCACUCUGGACCCCAUCAACUAUGACUCAGAAACUUACGAUGCCACUUUGGACGACCUGGAUAAUUUAUACAACUAUGAAAACAUACCUAUUGGUCAAGCUGAGAUUGAAAUAGCCACAGUGAUGCCUUCUGGGAACAGAGAGCUUCUCACCCCACCCCCACAGCCAGAGGAGGCUGAAGAAGAGGAGGAGGAGUCCACCCCUAGACUUAUCGAUGGCUCUUCCCCACAGGAGCCUGAGUUCACUGGGGUUCUGGGCCCACACACCAAUGAAGACUUUCCAACCUGCCUUCUGUGUACAUGUAUAAGUACCACCGUAUACUGUGAUGACCAUGAACUUGAUGCUAUUCCACCGCUGCCCAAGAACACCGCUUAUUUCUAUUCCCGCUUCAACAGAAUUAAAAAGAUCAACAAAAACGAUUUUGCAAGCCUAAAUGACUUAAAAAGAAUUGAUCUGACGUCAAAUCUAAUAUCUGAGAUUGAUGAGGAUGCAUUCAGAAAGCUACCUCAACUCCGAGAGCUUGUCCUGCGUGACAACAAAAUAAGGCAGCUCCCAGAAUUGCCAAACACUUUGACAUUUAUUGAUAUUAGCAACAAUAGGCUGGGGAGGAAAGGAAUAAAGCAAGAAGCAUUUAAAGAUAUGUAUGAUCUCCAUCAUCUCUACCUCACCGAUAACAAUUUGGACCACAUCCCUCUGCCACUCCCAGAAAACCUACGGGCCCUUCACCUCCAGAAUAACAACAUUUUGGAGAUGCAUGAAGAUACUUUCUGCAACGUUAAAAAUUUGACUUAUAUCCGUAAGGCGCUAGAGGAUAUUCGAUUGGAUGGAAACCCUAUCAAUCUCAGCAAAACUCCUCAAGCGUACAUGUGCCUACCUCGUUUGCCUAUUGGGAGUCUUGUCUAAUUGCGGAUAAUGGUUAGCAUUAUGAUGCCCGCUAUAACGAAACAAUUCUUACUGCUCUCUUCGGAAACAAAAGCUCAGCAUGAUACUUUCAAAUAGUGUUCUGAAAAAUGAUAUAAUUUCACAAAAUACAACUAAAAGUUUUAAGAUAUGAUGACAGUUUAUCAAUUUAAGCAAACACCAGAUAAGUCAAGGAUAAAAACAAAUGAUGUACAGAAAGAGUGAAACCAAAUGAUAAAAAAAAAUAUAUGUAUCUAUUUCGCAGAUAUUCUUGAAAAUCACAUGUAACUUGCAGGCUUUAAGGAUUUCUGUCCCAUAUAGUUUCAAGUUAAGUACAUAAUAAAGAAAAAAUUUUAAAUGAGCACUUUAGGUGUAUUGUCAAGAUUUAGAUUUUUUAAUUAAACUUUCCUUUUCCUUUUUUUUCCCACUAAAGCAUGUUUCUGUUUCCAAAUUUAUUAAAGAAAAUCAAAGAGAGAAUAAAAGUAUUUGAAAUCUACAAUGGCCUUGUGGGCAAAUAUUCAUUAUAAUGCAACAUACAAAUAAUCAUAUCCAACAACAACAAAAAAACACAUGGCUUUGGUUGUUGAAUAAUAAUGUUUUAUCACCUUAAAGAUCUAUCAACUCAUCUUAGAACCUUGCUUAAUGGAAAUUUGUUGUCAUAUCUCAUAAGAUGGUGGUGUAGUAGGAAGACUUUAGGCUUGUCUCAUCCCUUGAACACAACUAGAUAACUAUCGAAUCAUUCUGUUGGUAUAUCUUUAUGCCUGUGAACAAAAGAAAGCUUAUAAACUAGAAAACAGACAAUGGAUGAUAUGAGAGCUACAUUAGGGAAGAAGCUAAGGAAUGCUUUCUAAGGUAAGUUGAUCUUUCUGAAAUGUAUGAUCAUAAUACAGGCACAUGGUUAAAAAGUGAAAGAUGACAAAAGAAUAUACAAUGAAAGGUGAUUUUCCUUGCAGCUGCAAACCUCAAGUUCCACUCCCAAGAACAAACUAGGCAAUCGUUUCUUGACACUUUUGUGAAAGUUUCCGUAAGAAACAAAAACUUGUACAUAAGCAGUUACUCCUCUUUAUUACAAAUAUACAUGUUCAGGUGCCACACACACAUAUAUAUCACCAUAAUAUAUGCAUCUAUACAUGUAAACAUGGAUUUUUAACUACAAUAAUCACUAUUCUAAACCUUGCUUCUUUCACUUAAAAAUAUUUCUCGAUGAUUUUUCCAUAUCAGCACAUACAGCUCUACUGAUUCUGAAAAGCACGUAUCAGCCCAUUACAUGAGCAUACAUUUUAUGUUCUUUUAUUUACACUAAAAUUGGAAGGACUAGCCUUAUGUAAACAAAAAUAAUUUUGUGUACAUGUGAGAGUACAUCUGUGGAUAAAGCCAUAGAAGUGGAAUUCUGGGUUGAAGAGCAUAUUAUUUUAAAUGUUAAUAAAUAUUACUAGAUUGGCCUUCAAAGAUGUUGUACCCAUUUAUACUUUCACCAACAGUGUGGGAGAGUGCACAAUUCUCUAUACCUCAUGAAAAUGUUUUAAUAUCAAACUUCUUCAUCAUUGCAUAAUCUGUUUCUUAUGUUGUUUUUUUUUUAUUUGAUUUUUGAGACAGAGAGAGAGAGACAG